GAGACUUAAAUGACAAUUAAGACAACGAAUUAAUUGAAAUAAAUGUACAAAAAAACUCAAAUAUAAAUUCAGACCUUAAAGAUGGCAAAUAUCUUCCAAUAGAUGGGAUCUGUUUUGAAACUUUUCCAAUCGAUUGGACAGAUUUGCAUAAGGAAUUCGUGCCAAUCAUUCAUCACAAAUGUUGUCGAUUUUGACGACCAAAUGCUAUUCAUACUUAUUUUACUCAAUUGAUGUAAUAAUAAGUCCGCAGGCCUUCCUAUUCAUCACUGAAAUGUCAAACGAUCAAAACUAUAUAAUGGAGGGAAUAGUGUUUGGAGUGUCAAUACUGGUAGCGCUGGUCGUGUUCUUCACGUCGGAGACCGAGAAGCCGCCGGUCUAUCACUGGGUGUUCGCGUACUUCGGUUUCGUGAUCGCCGUCUCCUGGAUCUACGCUCUCGCCAACGAAGUGGUCGACCUCUUGACCGCAAUCGGCAUUAUCUUCAAUCUAAGUCACCUCCUGCUCGGCCUCACUGUCCUCGCCUGGGGUAACAGUGUUGGAGAUAUGUUGUUAGGAAUCGGUAUUCCCUAUACUGUACUACUCAGUAGCGGUACAACAGUGACAUGUACGUAUUGGGAGACACAGGGAGUGAAGACCGUGAAUGUGAGUCUAUACACGAGAUUCACUAAACAAUGGUAUGAAUGGGAACAGGAUUUGUAUAAACGAUAUGGUAAAGUGUUUGGAGUCUACGAAAUUACAAAACCUGUACUCUUUGUGUCGGAUCCGGAAUUGAUUCGCGAUAUUCUGGUCAAAGACUUUCAUAUAUUUACAAACCGAAGGGACUUCCGUACGGGCGCUGACCCACUGAUGGACAAUAUGUUAGGUGCUGUACAGGACGAUCAGUGGAAGAAAAUCCGGUCAAUAAUGUCGCCGACAUUUUCGACGGGAAAACUCAAGAAAAUGAUGCCUUUGAUAGUCGAGUGUCGGAACAGUUUGAUCGACAAUUUGGACAAAAUCGCCAAAACUAAUGGCGAGAAGGAUAUGAAGAGAUUGUUUGGCGCCUACGCUAUGGAAGUUGUAAUACAAGUGGCUUUUGGCACAAAAGUGGACGCAAUGUUUGAUGAAAACAAUGUUAUUAUAGAGAAUGCAAAGAAAAUGUUUGGCAAAAAUAUGACUCCAAAACAAUUAUUUGCUGUAUUAGUGCCCAAAUUAGCCAAACGUUUUAAGAUCUCUAUGUUUGACAGCAAUAUUACAAAUUUUUUCAAAGAUUUUACUUUAAAUAUAAUUGAAGAAAGAAAGAGAAAUAAAAAUGAAGUGAAAAGAGUAGACUUUUUGCAACUUAUGUUGGAUUCAGAGGAAAAUAAUAAUACUAUCGCCAGUGAAGACAAUAACAAUCAUUCGGAAAAAUACAAAGAACUUCAGACAUCGGAUGACAUCGAUAAAACGCUUACAAACGAUGAAUUGAUCGGUCAAUGCGUGCUUUUCUUCUUAGCCGGUUAUGAGACGUCCGCCACAACAAUGUCUUUAUGUCUGAACCAAAUCGCAAACUAUCCCGAAGUUCAGCAAAAACUAUAUCUCGAGUCGAAAAAAUAUUUCGAUGAAUUCAAAGGCGUCGAUUACGAUGAGUUAAAUUCAUUGAAAUAUUUAAAUGCUGUUAUAAUGGAGACACAGCGUCUGUUUCCGGCCGCCUUCUUCUUGGAAAGAGCCCCCAAUGAGGACUACGAGCUGAGGGGCACCGGAAUUACCAUCAAAAAGGGUCAUAUCGUUCACAUCCCGACGUAUGCCAUGCAUAGAGACCCGGAAAACUUCGCGGAUCCCGAAGUGUUUAGACCGGAAAGGUUUUUGGCCGAAAACAUAGCACACCAUCCGUACGCAUACUUGCCGUUCGGCGCCGGACCUCGAAAUUGCAUUGGCAUGAGAUUAGCGCAGAUGGAGAUCAGACUCGGACUCAUUUCUGUGGUCAAUAGAUAUCGUUUCUAUCCCUCAGAGGUUUGUCUCAAACCAUUGGAAUUCUUUUGCAAUGUCGGAGCAAUGAUUCCCAAAGCCAUACCCGUGAAAGUAGAGCGACGAUUAUAUGUGUCCUCUCAGUGCACGUAUUGGGAGACACAGGGAGUGAAGACCGAUAGUGUGAGUCUAUACACGAGAUUCACAAAACAAUGGUAUGAAUGGGAACAGGAUUUGUAUAAACGAAAUGGUAAAAUAUUUGGGAUCUACGAAAUCACAAAACCCGUACUCUUUGUGUCGGAUCCGGAACUCGUUCGCGAUAUUCUGGUCAAAGACUUUCAUAUAUUCAAUAAUCGUCGGGUAAAUAAAAAAUACUAA